UAGGGUACACGUGAUAGGUGCUGGAAGUUUCAUAUGCAAUUGCACAGAAGGAGCAAGCAUCGGCAGCCUCCCUUUCGAGGAACGAGUAUUUUACUGACCUUGAAUGAACAAGUCUGAUUGAGUCACUGGCUUUUACAGGGCCGACGGAAAGAAGCAGUGGAAAUGGAAGAAUUGAGCGGUUCUGAAGGUAUGUCCGUCGAUCUCCAUCUUCCUCCCGAUCUCGAUAUCCAUCCUGAUCUCGAUCUCGAUCUGGAAAAUAGCUUUUUUGAUGACCCUGCCUGGCUAGAUUCUGUGCUUAACGAUUCAUUCAACGAUUCAUUCGACAUCAACUUUGAUCCUCAUCCUUCCCUUUCCCCCUCUCAGGACUCUUUUACCCCAGCUGCCGCUGAUUUUGACGACAAAGAGGAGGAUAAGAGUGUUCCUCCACCCUCUUCCUCUCCGUCCUCCUCCUCCUCCACUAACACCAAUGCUCCAACCGCCCAGGGUAAUUUGCCCAAACCGGCGUUUUCAGAUGGCAAUGAUGAAGAGGCAAAAAGAAAUGCCAGAUUGAUGAGGAACAGGGAAAGUGCUCAGCUCUCCAGACAGAGGAAGAAGAAUUACAUUGACGAGCUCGAAGAGAAGGUAAAGUCUGCCAAUUCUACCAUUGCAGAGUUGAAUAACACUGUUGCAUAUCUGAGUGCGGAGAAUGUUAAACUAAAACAGCAAUUAGCUUCUCUCAAUCCUAAUGCAAACCCAUUGCCUUGUUACCCCUCGUGGCCUCCUCCGUUUCCUUACCCGGCUUAUCCUCUGCCAGCAGUCGCGGCCGCGGGAAGAGUUCCGUUGCUUCCAAUUCCUCGUCUGAAAUCGUCGCCUCCUUCUUCCAAGUCCCGGAAGAAGUCGCUUUCCAAGACCCAGCACCACGAUGAGAAUCCCUCCAAGCGGAUUAAGAAAAUGGCCAGUGUAGCUUUUCUGGGUUUUUUCUCCAUCAUUAUUUUGCUCUUUGGAGGCAUCGAUACAUUCAGAUCUAAUGUAACAGAAUUAUCCCCUGGUUUAUACCUGUUAAAUGGUGGAGGAAGAGUGUUGACAAGUUGGAAGGGCUACAAUUCCACAGUUCCUCAUUUCAAGCCUGUAAAUAACAACAUAUAUGAUUUGGACAGAGGGAAAGGGAAAGGGAAAGAAGAGAUCAUCAAUUCUGCAUAUCCUCAAAAUUUGAGCGAGCCCCUUGUGGCUUCUCUUUUCGUUCCAAGAAAUGAUAAACUUGUAAAGAUUGAUGGUAACCUUAUAAUCCAUGCAGUUCUAGCUGGUGAGAAGGCCUUAAAAUCCAACAAAGAGGACAUUGUUUCCGAUAAAAGAGAAUCUGAAAAGAAUAGCCUGGCUCUCAUAACAGAAAGGCAUCGUGCUCUUGCAGUGGCUAGAGCUGCUGGCCCAAAUUUUGAAAUGCGGAAUCAUUUAUAUGAAGCCGCUGCUGAAAAUCAAAGAGCGUUAGCCUCUAAUUCCAAAAAUGACUACAAAGAGGAUAGGAAACCAACAUCUGUGGACAGAUCACUUCAGCAGUGGUUCCGAGAAGGCCAUGCAGGACCAGUAUUGGGCUCAGGCAUGUGUACAGAAGUGUUUCAGUUUGACACAUCUCCUAACUCACCCGCAACAACUAGAAAUUCCAGGAUUGUGACCAGUGUUUCUUCAAGUGUAGCAAAUGGUUCUGUUGAGCAGUCGAGAAAUAGUUCUUCAGGUUCAAAGAUAAAUGAAGCUCGCAGAUUAGGUCAAAUAAAUAAUUUGAAAAACAGAAGAGUUUCGUAUGCAGUUCCAUUACCGCCUGCGAGGUCCUCACUUAAUGUAACAAAUGAAAGAAACCUGACAGACCAUACAGAGAGGAUUCAUGAAGAUAGAGGAUACCAGAGACAACCAUCUUCAAUGGUUGUCUCAGUUUUGGUUGAUCCACGGGAAACAGGUGAUGAAGGGAUGUUGUCAUCUGGAAGUCUCUCUCGGAUUUUUGUUGUGGUUCUUAUUGAUAGAGUGAAGUAUGUUACAUACUCUUGUGUACUUCCCAAGGCCUCUGUACCUCAUUUAGCAAGAAAUUGAGGACUAAUUUGAAACAAGUACUUCUAAUAGAAGUCUCUGUUUGGUCUCCAAUAGAAAAGUAGACCAAAGAAAUUCCGUUGAAACAGUGUUUUUAUACUUUAUUCUUAAUUUAUCACUAGUUUUACUUCA